AUGGCUGCCCUUGUCCAAGUCGCGCCAGGGUCAUGCCUUUCCGCAUCGCUCGCACCGUCGGCGGCCGGCGGAAGGAGCACCUCCCAACCAGCGUCGUUAGACUGCCGGCCAGUCUCUGCCGCCUCUCGACUCAGCAGCUGUGCAGUUCGCGCGAAACACCGCGUGCCUCUGCUGAGACACGUGGCAACCUUCCAGGAUGACGCGUGUCGAUCAUUCUACGAGCCGGUACGCUGCAAGAAGGCGGACAAGGAGAGCAAGGGCUUUAAGGAGGCGAAGCGGUCGCUGAAGGCGAAAGCGGCAGUGCUGGAAUCGCAGUUCGUCGCCUUGGCCGAAGCCGUUGACUCGGACGAACGGCAGACCGGCGUUGCGACGGCCACCUCGGUUGACGCGGACUUCGUUGCGACGGUGCUUCGCGAGCUGAAGGAGAUCAAGGCGGAGCUCAAGUCGCUCAAGCAGACGCAGAAGAAGAUGAUGGAAUCCUCCUCCUCCUCCUCCUCUUCCUCCUCGUCCUCAUCGUCUAGCAGCGACGGCGGCAUGGGGGGAAUGAAGGCCAGGCGCAUGGAGCGCCGCAAAGCACGGCAGCAGGGCGCCAUGGGGAUGAUGGGGAUUGGGGGGAGCGUGGGGGGUUCCGUCGCCACUGGGGCUGCUGCUGCCGGUGCGGCUGUUAUCACUGCUCCUGUUGCCGCCGCCGCAGCUCCAGUCGCCGUGCCCCCCGCUCCGUCAUCUGUUCAGUCUGCCCCCGCCGCUCCAGCCAAUCCAGUGGCGUCGGUUCUCGCCGCACAUGCACACGUAGCCUCGGAAACCCCCAAGGUGUGGGAGAUCGAAGAUGUGGUUUCCGCGAUCGCUGGAGGCGCGUCUUUCACCAGCUCCGCGCUGCCCUCCGCCCUCCUAACGCCCGUCCAGCUCCCCCCUGUGCAAACCCCGCCUUCCCCCUCCCCGCUCCCCGCGCUCGCCUCCCCCCUUCCCGCCGCGGCUAUUGCGACUGUCUUCCCCGACACCGCGGCCUCGCCGCUGCAAGGGAGCGUGGCGGUGGGUGUGACUGUCGCGGGGGACGUGGAGGUGUGCAUUGGCGGGAAGUGCAAGAAGAACGGGGCGGGUGAGAUCCUAUCCGCCUUCCAGGCGCAGGCAGCGGGAACGGGCGUGCAUGUGGAGGCGUGCAAGUGCAUGGGCAAGUGCAAGGCUGCGCCGAACGUGAGAGUGUGGCGGGAUGAUGCGGAAGAGCCUCAGAUGGAGAGUUAUUUGGCGGUUGAGGAUGUGGGCGUGUUGAUGCAGAGGCACUUCGGCCUGCAGCCUGCUCCCGUGCCUGCUGCUGGCGCUGGAAUCAUGUGA